AUGCGCCUCCAUCGCCUCCUGUGGUUGUGGGCUGCGGUGCAGGGCUUCUCUGUAGAGCUAGACGAUGAGGAUGAUGCACUCAUCGUCUACGAGGGCGGCAUGGCAGAGGAGGCGCAGUGUACUGCACCACCUGGACCUGUGUUGGUGAAGGACGUGGUGGCGGAGAUUGGCCACGAUGUCAGCGAAGAGGUGAUCUUCCGAACGCUGAACGCCUUAGAAGCAGAAGGGGUGGUCCAGACGCGACAACUUCUGCAACUCUACCCACAGGAUUUUGAUGCGGUGGUCAUGCCAUUACUGCUGAAGAGCAGGUUGCGCCGAGUCCGUGAGCGUGGCGGACGGAUUCCGGAGGCCCAGUGA